CGUAAGAAAAGUUCUUUAAUCUUUCUAGGAACAUUGAUCAAAUUAAGCAUGGCUGUCGAAAUCGAGCAAAGAGAUGUUGUUCGUCUGAUUGAACAGUACUUGAAGGAAAAUAAUUUACUACGGACACUAACAGUUCUACAAGAAGAGAGCGGGACGUCACUGAAUACUGUUGAUUCUGUAGAUGGAUUCGUCUCCGACAUCAACAGUGGUCACUGGGACAGUGUUCUCCAAGCCAUACAGACACUUAAACUUCCUGAUCAAAAACUCAUAGAUUUAUAUGAACAGAUUGUAUUAGAGUUGGUAGAAUUACGUGAGCUUGGUGCAGCAAAGACAUUACUUCGUCAGACAGAUCCCAUGAUCAUGAUGAAACACAACCAACCAGACAGAUACAUACAUUUAGAAAACAUGUUGGCUAGGUCAUAUUUUGAUCCAAGGGAGGCAUAUCCUGAAGGCCAGACAAAGGAAAGAAGAAGACAAGCCAUAGCCCAGGCCUUGUCAGGAGAAGUAAAUGUUGUUCCACCAUCUCGUUUGUUGGCUUUGCUGGGACAGUCAUUGAAAUGGCAGCAACAUCAAGGAUUAUUACCUCCAGGAACCACAAUAGAUGUGUUCAGAGGAAAAGCUGCGGUAAAGGAACAAGAAGAGGAAAAAUAUCCAACACAGCUGAGCAAAACUAUUAAGUUUGGUCAAAAAGCUCACAUUGAAUGUGCUAGAUUUUCUCCUGAUGGUCAAUAUCUGGUCACUGGGUCAGUAGAUGGAUUUAUAGAAGUUUGGAAUUUUACUACAGGCAAAAUCAGAAAAGAUUUGAGAUACCAAGCACAAGAUAAUUUUAUGAUGAUGGACGAUGCUGUAUUAUGUAUGUGUUUUAGUAGAGAUGCUGAAAUGUUAGCCACAGGAGCACAGGAUGGUAAACUCAAGGUUUGGAAAAUUUUGACAGGACAAUGUCUACGAAAAAUAGAACGAUGUCACACAAAGGGAAUAACAUGUGUAAACUUCUCUAAAGACAACAGUCAAAUACUGAGUUGUUCAUUUGACCAGGCCAUAAGAAUCCAUGGUUUGAAAUCUGGCAAACUGCUGAAGGAGUUUAGAGGUCACACAUCAUUUGUAAACGAUGCAGUGUUUACACAAGACAACCAUCACAUACUGAGUGCCAGUUCAGAUGGAACAAUAAAAGUAUGGAAUCUCAAAACAACGGAAUGUUCCAACACAUUUAAAUCUCUUGGCGGUACAGCAGGAAGUGACACCACGGUUCAUAGUGUACAUCCGUUGCCAAGGAAUGCAGAACAGUUUGUCGUCUGCAACAGAUCUAAUACAGUUGUUAUUAUGAAUAUGCAAGGCCAGAUUGUAAGAAGUUUUUCCAGUGGUAAGAGAGAAGGAGGAGAUUUUGUUUGUUGUACGUUAUCUCCAAGAGGAGAAUGGAUCUAUUGUGUUGGAGAAGAUAUGGUGUUAUAUUGUUUCUGUAUUAGUACAGGCAAACUAGAGAGAACUUUAACUGUACAUGAAAAAGACGUAAUAGGAAUAACACAUCAUCCACAUCAGAAUUUACUGGGGACUUACUCAGAAGAUGGACUAUUAAAAAUAUGGAAACCUUGAUCAAAACAUUUAUUAAUUAAUGUGACUUUUGUUUGAAUGACUAAGUGAAGAAAAUGUGUUUGAGAUGGUCCCUGUAGUGUUUAAAAUGUGGAUGAUUUAUUUUGAUUUAAGAUGUAGAAUGGACAAGAAAAUAUUUUAAGAUUUUCUAUGAUACAUGUAUGUUUAGAAUAUUGAAAAUCUUACUAAUAUGUUUUAAUUACAUGUACAUGUACUAUGAAAUAUUUGUAAUAUUCAUUAAAAACAAUUUGAGAAGGUGAAGGUAAGGUGGUUAACAAUUGUCAUAUUUGGAAAAAUUCUGAUUAUUUUAUAUUUGCUGGCAUGGUGUGAAAGUUGGUAAAGAAUUUUUUUGUUGGAGUUUUGGAACAAUUUUUGUAAGAAUCAGAAAACAUUGCUUUUUCACAUAGUAUGGUUCUGUCACAAAAUUUGAACUGAAAUUAAGAUCAGGGAAAUCCUAUAAUUUUUUUUUGCACAUUCAUCAGAAUGGAAUGGAUGGAUUAUAAGAGCUAAUUAGGUAUAUUAAAAAAAAAUAAUGAGUUCAGAACUAACUGUUGUGUUUUUAUAAUUGCAAAAAUUGUGAAAGGAUACUUUUAACAAAAGCAAAAAAAAAAUGGAAUUUCCUUAAUCUUGCAUUUUUGUCCAUUGUUCAACAUUUGCAAUAUUAAAAAAAACCCAACUGAAAAUGAAAGAAAAAAAGAGAAUUUUUGCCAACUUGAGGUUUAUCAGUCUGAAGUAAUUAAAUCAUUUUCUGUAAAUUCAGAAAUUAAUGUGCGGUUUUUAUUUAUGUGAAUAAAUAUAUAAAUAAAUAUAUGGGUGAGUAUUGCAAUAAUAAGACCUGGCAUUCUGAAAUCUAGCACAUAUAUCUGUUACAGAUUUUUCUGAAAUCGCAACAAUUUAUCUCACAUUUUUGUCCAUUCCUCAAAAAUCACAAUAAUAAAUGCACGCAAUAAUUUCUGAAUUUACAGUACUUGAUUUGAAGGAUUUUAUCAUUUUUGUUGUCACUGUAAAUAUUCAUUAUGUAUAAACAAAUAUAAAGAGUCGUAUAAAAUGUCAAUAAAAAUAGUGGAUAUUUGUA